UGGAUCGAACAAUAUCACCUGAUUUUGAAGCCUUUGGUUAACACACUAUCCCAACCAGGAACAAUAUGGACAUGUAUAGCUCAUAUAAUAGCAGGAGUCAUUGGUGCUGGUGUUCUAUCCCUGGCAUGGAGCACUGCACAAUUGGGAUGGAUUGCAGGCCCUCUGGCCAUGCUUUGCUUCGCCAUCUUGACCUUCAUUUCUGCCUUCUUGCUCUCUGAUUGUUACCGUUCUCCGAAUCCCAUUACUGGCAUCAGAAACUACUCUUAUAUGGACGCAGUUAGAGUGACGUUAGGCAAAAAGCAUACUUGGGUCUGUGGGUUUCUGCAAUAUCUUAGCUUGUUUUGGGCUUCUACUGCGUUUGUAAUUACUACUGCAACUUGUAUGAGGGCGAUACAUAGAUCGAAUUGUUAUCAUAAGGAAGGUCACAAUGCUCCAUGUUCAAGUGAUGAUAGAUCCUUUAUGUUGUUGUUUGGGUUUAUCCAGAUUUUAUUCUCCCAGAUUCCAAGUUUCCACAACAUGCAAUGGCUCUCAGUUGUGGCUGCUAUUAUGUCGUUCUGCUACUCUUUUAUUGGAUUUGGACUAGGAUUUGCCAAAGUGAUUGGUAAUGGAAUGAUCAAAGGUGGGAUUGGAGGAAUCUCUGCACCAACCACUGCCCAGAAAGUUUGGCGCAUUUCUCAAGCUAUUGGAGACAUUGCAUUUGCAUAUCCCUACUCUGUAAUUCUCCU